AAUCGCAACGGUCGCCUUUUCGAAAUAACACCCCACCACCACCACCACCACCACCAGAACCUUCCAAAUAUUUUCUCUUCAAUUCCCAACAGAUUUUCAAAUCUCUCUCUCUCUCUCUCUCUCUCACUCACAGAGUCCGAAUUCUUGAACAAAAACCGAAGCACCAUUCAAAUCCCUAAUUCCAAGUGAAAUUUCAGGAAGCAAAGCCACCAUGGGCGGCGACGAGAAAGCUAAAACAGUGGUUGAAGAAGAGCCCAAAAUCCCAGUGUUCACAGUCCUUAAGAACGGAGCGAUUCUCAAGAACAUCUUCAUCGUCAACAAACCCCCACCACCGCCACACUCGGAACCAAUCUCGUCCGUCCAUCAAGAAACCGAAGAAAUCUUGAUCGUCGGACGGCACCCCGACUGCAACAUCGUGUUGACUCACCCCAGCGUCAGCAGAUUCCACCUCCAAAUCCUCUCUAAUCCCUCCUCCCACAGGCUUUCCCUCACCGAUUUAUCAUCAGUCCAUGGGACUUGGAUCUCGGAGAAGAGGAUUGAGCCAGGGGUUCGAGUAGAGCUGAGGCAAGGGGACACGCUCAGGGUUGGUGCUUCUAGCAGGCUCUACAGGCUUCACUGGAUUCCUUUGAGCCACGCCUAUGAACAAGACGCACUCAGGGUUCUGAAUUGUUUGCCAGUUGAAAACGCAGAACCUGAUUGUUCUGAUAUGAAUUUUGAGGGUAUGGAGUCUUUAUUCUCUGAUGAAAAUAUGGGAUUAAUUCAACCUCCGGUGCCUCGAGGAGGAGAUCAAAGUGAACAAGGUGUUGGCAACUCAUCAGAAGAUGAUUGUGAAGAGAAAAAGAUGUGUGAGAUUCCAGAAAUAGACCAGGUUGUGAAUAUUUUGCCAAUUGAAAAAGCAGAAUUUGAAUCUACUGAAUCUCUAGUCUGUGGUGAUAAUUUGGGAUUUAUUGGGCGGAAGGAGAUCCCAUCAGCACCUCCAAUGCCUGAAGAAGAAGACCGAAGUGAACAUGGUGGUGAGAACUCGUCAAAAGUUGUUGGCCAAGAGAAUGUGUUGUCAAGCUUCUGCGCCUUUGGAACUGAAUCGGUGAACCUGUUUUUUCCUCUUGAAGACUCUACUUCUAAUUCAAAGGAAAACCAGUACGUGCAACUAAAUUGUGUCACAGGAGGUUCUGAAUUGGAAAAAGACCAGGGACAGAGUGAUAUCUCUGGUCUUUCAGCUGGACCUUUUGUGAUAGAGAAUUCAUCCUUGCUGAUCCGAGAAGUCCUUGCGGAGACGAAACAUCAACAAGUUGAAGAAGUAAAUCUGACCCCAGAAGCAAAAUCAGACUCGCUGGUUAAUCUGGAUGGCAAAAGCUCUAUAACGAAAGACCAUGGACAGGCUGAUCAAUUGUGUCUAUCUUCUGAACCUCUUGAAUAUUCCGAUGACAAGGAAGAGGGUGCCUAUCCUGCUGCGCAAAUACCUGGGACAAAUGCUGACCAAAGCUCUUUGAGCAAAGACCAUGGACAGAAUGAUAAUGUCUUGUGUCUUUCAGCUGGACCUUUUGUGACGGAGAACUCAUCCUUGCUGGUUGGGGAAGUCCUUGGGGAGAUCAACAAUCAACAAGGUGAAGAAGAAAACCCAUCACAAAAACCUACCUUGCUGGUUAACCUGGAUUUUGAGAUUUCUAAUGAAAUCAGAUGUCUUGUUGAUGAAAGACGUGGAGAAACUGAAAAGAGAAGUGUGUCACCCAAAAACCACCAUGAAAAGAGGGAUACCAAAACCAUCUCCUCUGUGCCUCUUGUCACAGAUUUUGUAGACUCAUUUUCACCAGACAGGGAUCUCUCAGAGAAAAUAGAUGACAAAGAGAACCAGACUCCACUAUCUAUCUGCACUGCAGGAGGACAGCCUGAAUCAGAAUUCUGUAAUAGCCCUCCCCUGAGAUCCGAAGAUAAGUCAAUCUUUGGAGAAAGCAUUUGGGAAAGAAGAGGUAAACCUGCUAGUGCUGUUACGAUUCAAACAGAGAGAAGCAGAGAAAGAACUACUGUGGAGGCAGGAAUUGAUAACGAUAAUGAACAGGCAGGAAUUGAUAAUGAUAAUGAACAGAAGGUGGAAAGCUUUACUCCAGACAAGGAGAAUCUAACACCAAAUACUCUUCGUCUGAGGUCCUUGAAAAAGAAGUUUGAGGUAGAAAUUAAGCUGGAUGAUACUCAAGAGGAGCAGGAAAUCUUUACUCCUGACAAGGAAAACUUCACACCAAAUACUCUUCGACUGAGGUCCUUGAAGAAGAAGGGUAAGCUAGAAUUAACCGAUUCCAAAUCCCACAGAUCAUCCUUGUCGAAGCAAAACUUCAAUUCCAAUAUCCCUAGAGAAGAUCUGCUUGUAUCUCCAGGGAAAGAGAACCAGAAAUUGAAGGAUAUCCAAGAAAGCAAAUCAGUAGAAACUACUACUGGGAAUCAAGCAAGGCUGGAAAAAAAGUUGAUGCUCACAAGCAGCACGAAAAGGAUGCCAUUCCAAUCACUACUUAAAAGUUCUGCAGGCAAGAACAGCACAUCAGAAGCUUCAGUGCCCGAUGUAGCUACUAAAAGCAGCACAUCAGAAGCUUCAGUCCCCGAUGUAGCUACUAAAAACAGCACAUUUCUUGCUUGUAGUCGAACGAAGGAGAAGGUCAAGAAUACACUCUCUAAUAAAUUUGCUGGAGAAGGAAAGAGGGGCUGGACUAUGGUUGCAGACACUAAUACUCUCCUUCACAAGGAAUCAAGGAAGUCAUUGCAACUUCUACAAGGUCUUAAGGGGACUCAUUUGAUCAUUCCAAGAAUGGUUAUACGGGAACUGGAUUGCUUGAAACAGUGUGGCAGCCUGUUCAGAAAGAAAACAGAGGCUUGUUUGGUUCUGGAAUGGAUUGAAGAGUGUAGGGUAAAAACAAAUUGGUGGAUCCAUGUCCAGAGUUCACUGGAAGAUGGAAGACUGAUCGCUCCAACCCCUCCUGCUUCUCCACUGUCUCUAUUUAGUGAGGACAGUUGGGGACUUACUUCUGGAACAACAAGCUCGUUUCCCUUCUUAAGAUGUAAGAGUUCUAUGGAACUUGUAUCGCCAGCAGCAGAAGAUCAUAUACUUGAUUGUGCUCUUUUACAUAGGAAGAUGAGCAAUGAGGGACAACUUGUUCUUCUAAGUAGUGACAUCACCCUGAAGAUCAAAGCCAUGGCAGAGGGUUUGAUUUGUGAGACAGCUCAAGAAUUCCAUGAGAGUCUAGUGAACCCGUCUUCUGAGAGGUUUAUGUGGGCUGGUAGCUGUCCCCGUGGGCGUACUUGGUCCUACUUAGCUGACAUAGUUUUGGCGGAGAAGUAUAAUCGCUGCCAACUGAAGAAGUCAUCAAGGGGGGAAGGCGCAAAAGGUCUCAAGCUCAUUUUACUCCACAAUUCUCAGUAUGGACAGAUCCAUUAGAUCAGCUAAAACUCUUUAGCCUGUAUUGCAAUAGGUUGACUGGUUUUGCUUCUAUCAAUCACUUCAAAAUUCUUAUUCUGUGGUGAUUAAUUGCAACAAUGCAAUUGAUAUGAGCAUGAAAUUCUGGAAUCGAAGUUAUAUAUGGUAUCUUCUAAUA